AUGGAGGUAGAGUAUGUAGCGGCUUGUGAAGUUACCAAGGAGGUUUUAUGGCUUAAGAAGUUUUUGACGGAUGUGAAAGUUGUUCCAGACGUGUCAAAGCCCAUCACCCUUUAUUAUGACUAUAAUGGUGUGGCUAAUUCUAAGAAGCCUAGGAGCCACAAAUGCAAGGAAACUAACUUAGUGCUUAAUUGGGAAAAAUGUCACUUUAUGGUGACGAAGGGUAUUGUGCUUGGUCACAAGGUUUUUAAGGCAGGAUUGGAAAUUGAUGACGCAAAGAUAGAUGUGAUUGCAAAGUGUCCUGCACCUGCAAACGUUAAGGCCCUGAGAAGCUUUUUAGGCCAUACAGGUUUCUACAGGAGAUUGAUCAAGGGAUUCUCCCAAAUCGCAAGUCCACUAAGCGUUGUUAGAACAGAAUAG